GGCGGUGUCCCCAAGGGCUGCCGUGUCCCCAGGGCCUACGUGUCCCUCUUCAUGCGCCACCUCUGCGAGCCGGGCGCCGACGGCUCCGAGACCUUCGCCGACGGGGUCCCGCGGGAGGGGCUCUCGCGGCAGCAGGUGCUGACCCGCAUCGGUGUCAUGUCCCUCGUCAAGAAGAAGGUGCAGGAAUUCGAGCACAUCAACGGGCGCUGGAGCCUCCCCGAGCUGGUCCCGGAGCCCAGCGCCGACUCCAAGCGCUCGUCGCGCGCCUCGUCCCCCGCCAAGACCUGCAGCACCGACCCCGAGCAGAGCCGCACGCCCACCCCCUGCACCUCCAAACCCGCCACGCCAGCGCCCAGCGAGCGCGGGGACGGGAUGGGGCCACCCCCGGACAGGGACGACGGUGACACCCGGGACGAGAAGGAGCCCAAAGGUCCCGAGAAGAUGGAGACAGAGGCUCCCGUCCCCGAGGCGCCGCCGUCCCCGGGCGAUGGCAGCGAGGCCGAGGGGCCGAGGAAGGGCGAGGAGGAGGAGGGCCCCGGCGGCGAGCGGGAGCCCGAGGCCGAAGGGCCCCUGGCCCGCGACGAGCGCGGCGCCGAGGCCGAGAAGCCCCCCGGGGGGGAGAAGGGCGACGAGAAACCCCCCGAGGAGGAGCCCAAGGAGCGGCCGGGAGACCCCGACCCCAAACGAGGUACCUGGGGGCGGGGCUUGGCGGUGGGGGCGGGGCCUGAUGGGGGUGGGGACCCGCCGGGGGGGCGUGGCUAA